AUGCAAAAAGCGGACUCUUUUGAAAAGGGCACAAUUCUUGAUAUUUCUAACCAAGGCCUCUCAAUGCUGCCUGACUUACAAGCCCAGCUGCACCUCCAAGAGCUUCGUGCAGAAAAUAAUAAUUUAACAGCGCUAAACAAACUGCCAAAUUCAUUGAAAUAUUUAUUUUUAAACCACAAUCGGAUUGCCUUUGUAGGGACUCUUCAUGAGCUUGUUCCUCAUUUAAAAGUGCUAGACCUCUCUGAUAACAGACUGAUUUCAUUAGAUGGGAUCUCAAACUGUAUAGAACUUUCUGAGCUGAACAUAGCGAAUAAUUAUGUAGGAGACGACCAAAUAAGCCAAAUUAGAAAUUUAGAAGAAUUAACGAAGCUGGAUUUGUCACAUAACCAUUUAAGGGAUGAAAGUCUUGUGAAUAUGCUGAAGGAAUUGAGAAAUCUAGAAGAAUUGUGGAAUUCUUCAAAUGAUUUUACUGAAAUUUCCUUUGGGUUUGGCAUGAAAAAGCUUGGGACUUUGUGCUUGGAUGCGAAUAAGCUGAAAGUUUUGGAGUUUACCGAAGUUAUGCCGAUGCUGAAUGUGCUGUCGGUGAGGGAAAAUAGCUUGGGAUGUAUAUAUGGAGUUUCAAAUUUGGUAGAGGUUAAAGAAAUAUAUGCAGAUGGAAAUGACUUUAUUGAGUUAACUGAAGAGUGGGGCACAUUAAAAAACUUGUCUGUCCUUUCUCUCAAAUACAACCACAUCUCAAAAUUCCCAGCCCUUCAAAACCUCCAAAUCCUCGAUCUCUCCCACAACUCUUUAACCGAUAUUCAAUUUUUACCUGAAACUCUUACUGAGCUCUACAUCUCUCACAACUGUUUAACAGAAAUUCCAAAGCUUUCUUCCCUCAUUACGCUCGACAUUUCUCACAAUAAAGUCCCAAACUUAAGCUUUAUUUCCUCUUCUACUGAGCUUCAGCUAUUAAAUGCAAGCUACAAUGAACUUGAUGACCCAGUUCUUGCUUUGACCCAUCUAAAGCAGUGCUCAAAACUGGUUAUUAUAGAUUUAAAAGGUUGUCCUUUUAAGCCUCAGCAUCGGCUAAUGUUUAUUUGUUCAUUUUUAAACACGUUACAAGAAAUUAAUGGAGUUGCAGUAACUACAGAAGAAAAAAAACGAGCAAUUGAUGAGCAAGAAAUUUCGUUUGAAGUAACUCCUACGUCUUUUAUUAAAGGACAGCACUCUAUUAAAUCGUCGAUAGCUUCUCAAGACAAUUUGACACUUUCUCCAUCACCUGGAGGGUCCUGGGAUGCUAGAGCGAGAAAUCCUCAUUUUCCGUCAAUGAGAAGUUCCCUAACACACUCAGCCCAGGGGUCAGCUGACUUUGCGAUGUUUGAGAAAAGAACACCCAGAAACUCUUUGGCUAGCAAUAUGUCACCUUAUAGUGAAUCUAUUCAUAAUGAAGGAUUUAAAGGGUCAAACUUAAAAUUUACGAGCUCUCCGGAGAACCAAAAACAUAUGUUGACGUCUAAUCUUAACUCUCCAUUUCCAGCAGAAAAUGCUUCAAGAGUAGGGUCUUCAGCGUUUUUACCUCUUCAGCCUGACCAUUUAAGAAGUUUCAGCGGUACCAAUAUGAGCCCAUUCCCAAAUUUAACUGAUAAAAGUAUGAUUUCUGAAGGAAACUUCCAGUAUGAGCAGUCACCUUUAGACAGAAAAUUAUUUGAAAAUAUUACACCUAAGAAAAAUUUGUCACAUACUUUUUCUCAGCAAUUAGAAACUGAUAUUUCAGAUAUUACGCAAAAUAAAUCAGAUACUGUUAUGGUUAUAAACCAGGACUACAAGCCACAAAAAGAUGAAGAGGAUAUUGAAAUUCAAGAAAAACUAUUGAAACUAGAAGAAGAAACAAGAGAACUCAUUAGGCCUGGAAAUCUGUUUCAGCCAACUUAUGAAACUGACUCUUCAGCAAUGUCAAAAGAUCUUGAUAGGAUUUAUAAUACUAUGAUGGAAAACAUGAAAUCUGACUCACAUCGAUAUAGAGAAAAAAAUCUGCCACCUAAACACCCUUUGAAAAUGAAUGAAGAUCUAAGAAUUUCACAUGAAGAUACAAAGCAAAGGAAAGGAAGGACUGAAUCAAGCGAAAGAAAAAUAUUAGAAGAUAUCCCGAAUUAUGAAAAUAAAAGAAGAAAAUCCCACUGUUGUAAGCACCAUCACCACCGCCAUCAUUCUUCAAAGAAAAAAUCAGUUAAAUUGCAGACUGAUUUAGAGACAUUUAAAGGAAGUGAAAAUGUUAAUAGAAAAAUAAAAAUCAACACAAAUUUGCCAAGGUAUAUUGACCAAGCGACUUCGCCUCCUCAUGAAUAUGUGUCUACAUUGCUAGAAAAAUAUAAAAAACAAAGCUUUUUUGAGCCAGAUAAAAGUGUGUCUAGUAUUGAUAGUGAGCUGAAGCAGCUUGAUGAUCUUCCGUCAAUAUCUUCAGGGAGAGAAAGUAGAGAAAGCUUUUUGACUGAAAACGAGCAGAAUCUUGGCACCACAUUUGCAGCGGAUAGAGGACUAAAAUUCCCUAGCAUGAAAUUAGACCCAAAUGCAGACUUCAAUAAGCUGCUAUUAUAUGCACAAACUCCUCCAAGGCCUAUUCUUACAUCAGAAGCCUCAAUUCCAAUAAUCCAUGAGCUAUCCCAAAAAGGAGGAGAAUAUUAUUUAAUUUGUCAGCUGUUUUUAAAAGAAAAUUGUGAGGUAAAAAAUGCGACAAAAAUUUUUACCUUUUCUUUACAAAAGCAGCUGAAAGAAGAAAUUGAUUUUAAUUUGUCUUGCAGAGGAUUAUACUGAUUUUAUUUGAUUAUUAGUAAAAUAUUUAAUAUAAAUAAAUAGCAUUUAAUUAUGACGAAUCAGCAUAGAAUACACAAAGACAACGUUAAUGUUUCACCCAGGCACACCCACCAAAUUAGAAAAACUUUACAAAAAUCCUCAAGGAUUUAUUACAUAUAUGAAUGACCAAGACUCAAUGAUAUUUUCUUCCAGCCUGAGAUGUGCAGAUGAUCUAUAUUCCCAAAAAUAUAAAAUCCCUACAAAAGGGACCCGACAAAUUGUUAUUGCCCUCAUUUCUUCUGGGAGCUUGCGUAGAAUAAACGGAAAUAUUUAUUGCCUUGAAGACUUAUCAAAAGCUGCUCCUGCAUAUUUGAUAGAAUAUACCCUUAAAUAG